UAGACGACCAAAGCUGCUGAAACUCAUCAACACCAAAUUCAACAAUCUCAAUGGCUGAACUCGUGCUGUCUUCCAUCCUCGAUGUGAUCUGUGACAAGCUAGUCUCUGCCGCCUGUGCGAGCCUGGAAAACCUUGCUCCCUACAACGAAAUCGAUUCUUCUGAGAUACAGAAACUGCAGCGCUCAUUAACCCAGAUCCAAGAUCUGCUUCUUGAUGCUUCUCACAAGGAGAUAACCAAUCAUUCUGUGAAACGAUGGCUGCAUAAUCUCCAACAUUUGGCAUACGACAUAGAUGACGUACUCGAAGAUUUAGCUACCGAAGCUAUGCACCGUGACGAAGCAGAAACACACACCAGCAAGGUAAGAAAGUUGUUCUCAAAUCCUUUCUCAAAGCAUUCAUUAUGGACCAAUACAAUAAAGGAAAAGAUAAAUGUUAUUACCACCAAGUUACAAGAUCUAAUAGAGGAUAAAGCUACUGUUGGUUUGAUUGUCAAAGAGGAAACUAAGUUAAAAACUUUAGAUAGAAGUUUACAAACCUCUAUGGUUGAUGUGUCUAGUAUUGUUGGACGACAAGCCGAGAAAGAGGCAUUGGUCCUACAGUUAUUGGGGGAUGGACGGUGUGAUCAAGGCUUUAGCGUUGUUCCGAAAGUUGGUAUGGGUGGGGUUGGUAAAACUACUAUGGCUAGACUUCUGUAUAACGAAAAACAAGUCAAGGAUCACUUCCAGUUUAAGGUGUGGGUUUGUGUUUCGGAUGAGUUUGACAGCUUUAGUUUAAGCAAAGUUAUAUUUCAAUCGGUGGCGGGGAUACAUAAGGAAUUUGCGGAUUUAAAUCUGCUUCAAGUAGAUCUUGAAAAUCACCUAAGGGGGAAAAGAUUUCUAUUGGUGUUAGAUGAUGUAUGGAGUGAAAGUUUUGAGGAUUGGAAAACCUUGGUCGGCCCGUUUCAUGCAUGUGCUCAUGGAAGCAAAAUCAUCAUGACGACACGGAAGGAGCAACUGCUCAAAAAGUUAGGUUAUGAUAAUAUAAACAAAUUGUUUAGCCUGUCACAUGACGAUGCUCUGUCUUUAUUUGCUUUACAUGCAUUAGGUGUAAAAAAUUUUGAUUCACAUUUGUCACUCAAACCACAUGGUGAAGCUAUUGUGAAAAAGUGUGAUGGAUUGCCUUUGGCUUUGAUUGCACUUGGGACAGGACGAAAAAAGAUAAAGAUUCUUGGAGGGAAGUGGUAGAAAGUGAGAUAUGGAGGUCAAAAGAUGAUGUAGUUUUCCCUACCCUUAGGAUAAGCUACCAUGAUCUUUCUGCACGUUUAAAGCAGUUGUUUGCAUAUUGUUCCUUGUUCCCCAAAGACUUCCUGUUUGACAAGGAGGAACUGGUUUUGUUGUGGAUAGCAGGAGGGUUUUUGCAUCAGUCAACUACAAGCAAUUCAACAGAUGAAAGAUUGGGUCAUGGAUACUUUGAUGAGUUGUUGGCAAGGUCAUUUUUUCAAUGUGCACCUAAUAAUGAGUCAUUGUUUGUGAUGCAUGACCUAAUGAAUGACUUGGCGACAUCUGUUGCUAAUGAGUUUUUUGUAAGGUUAGGCAGUGAGACUAGGAAGGGUUUGCUAGAGAAGUACCGUCAUAUGUCAUUCGUUCGUGAGGAAUAUGUAUUUUACCACAAGUUUGAGACAUUGACAAGAGCCAAAAGUUUGAGGACAUUCCUGGCAACCUCCGCUGGGGAGGUAGAAAGUUGGCGGUCAUUCUUCUUAUCAAAUAAGAUUUUGGUUAACUUAAUAAGUGAGUUACCAUUGUUAAGGGUUUUAAGUUUGAGUUAUUCUCAAAUAAGUGAGAUACCAGAUUCCAUUGGUACUUUAAGGCAUUUGAGGUAUCUUAAUCUAUCUCGAACUGGAAUCACACAUUUACCAGAAAAGGUUUGCAGUCUAUAUAAUUUACAUACAUUGAUCCUAUUCGGAUGUAGUGAAUUAACCGAGUUACCUAACAACUUUUUAAAGCUUAAAAACCUUCGUCAUCUUGACGUUAGGGAGACUCGGAAAUUGAAUGAGAUGCCAUUAGGGAUCAGCGAGUUGAAAAGCCUACAAACUCUUUCUAAGAUCAUCAUCGGAGGUAAAAGCGGGGUUGAAAUAACCAAACUUAAAGACUUUGAGAAUCUAUGUGGGAAAGUUUCCAUUAUUGGUUUGGAGAAAGUGCACAGUGCAAUAGAUGCAAGGGCGGCAAACUUUUCACAAAAAAGGCUUAGUGAGUUUGAGGUUGUUUGGAGUGACUUGUGGGAUGGUUCAAGAAAUGAAGUACUUGAAAAGGACGUCCUAAAUGAGCUGAAGCCUCGUAAUGAUAAGUUAAUACAACUGAAAAUUAGGUCAUAUGGGGGAUUAGAGUUCCCAACUUGGGUUGGGGACCCCUUGUUUCUUCAUUUGAAGCAUGUAUCAAUAAGUGGCUGUAGAAAAUGUACAUCUCUACCACCGCUUGCACAACUACCCUCCCUUAAUUGUUUUUUGUAAGCUUAUAUGAGGUGAAAGUUGCGGGUAUGGAGUUACUUGGGGACAGCGUUGCAUUCCAUUCACUUGAAAUUCUAAGUUUUGCACGUUAAACUAGAGUCUUGGAAUGUAAUUCAAUUACAGCUAUCUCCUUACCAACAGGAGGGUAGAAGCUCAAGUUACUUGAAAUUAUUGGUUGUAGUAAACUAUUGGAAAGGCGGUGGGGAGGAAAAAAGAUCAAGAAUAACACUAGAAGCAUGCCGAUGCUUGAAUAUGUAAGGAUAAUCGAUUGGUCAAAUCUGAAAUCAAUAGUUGAUGUUUUAACCUUUGAUCACCUCACCACAUUGAAAGUAAUAAAUUGUGAAAGUUUGGAGUCAUUUCCUGACAACGAGUUGCCCAAUUUGACGUCGCUAAAAGAACUGGAAAUCACAAAUUGUCCAGAUACUCGAGGAAAAAUGCAGUAAAAGAGGCUGUUACUGGCCCCUCAUCUCCCAUAUCCCCCGUAUCGACACAUGAAGGUCCCUCAAUCAUGAAGUUAAUAUGCGGGUCUCUCUCCUUUUAUUGUAUAAAUUAAAUAGAAGAUUUGUUUUGCUUAAUUUGUCAAACAAACAAUUAUAAGUAUAUACAUAUCUGGCUGAACACAUUGACAUGCUUACUGAUUA